AUGGACGUACACGUAACGGACACAAUUACUAAUUGUUUAACUUGCCAAAUUGCUGACAAGUCUGCGAAAACACGAAUGGCUCCUAUGCAGCCGGUACAAUUGCCAGAACGUCCAUGGCAAAAGCACGGGAUUGAUUUCGUAGGUCCGAAUUAUUCUGCACCUGCGAACGAGCGUUACAUUAUCUCAUUAAUCGAUUACCGAAGUAAAUGGCCAGAAGUUGCGUUUUGCCCAAAUAUUACGGCCAAAACUGUAAUUUAUUUUUUGACUAAGGUAUUCAGUCGUGACGGUUAUCCGGAAGAACUAGUUUCUGAUAAUGGUACGCAGUUAACUGGCCAGGAGUUUGAAACUUUCUUGAAAAAACGUAACAUCAAACACAGAUUUUCUGUAAUGUAUCACCCAGAAGGAAACAGUACUGUCGAGCGCUUUAACCGGAUUUUGAAUGAAACUAUUCAAACGGCGCGAAUCUAUAAACGUCCAGUUAAAAAUGCUGUGACGGAACUUAUCGCGCUACGCGACAUGCCACGGGCGUCAUAUGUUGACUUUGUUAGAUAUCAUUGGAGUGACAACAUCGCCUAA